GGCCUUUGACGCGUUUACAAAGGUCAGCCACAUAUUUUAUAUCACAUUGAAUAGAGGUAAGUUUCAGGCAGACCACACUGUGCACGGCUCCAAACGUCAUCAUGACCACGGAUACCGACGAUUGCGAUGUGAACCAAUCCCCACCGACGGGUCUUGUGCGCGAUGUUUUCCGGUCCGUUAAUAGCCUGAUGCCAAUUCCAUUCACGGGCUGCCGGAUCCACAUGCUGACCAAAGCCGAAAAGCUGAGUUGGCCAGUUACGAUGAUGUUAAAGCUGGACACGAACGGUCCCAAGCCAAGCGGCCUCUGGGUGUCGGGUUUGUACGAAAUGGCGCAGAGGGAUGGUCUGAAAGCGUCCGCUAUGACCGACCUGAACCCCAAGUCGGGAAAGUGGAACUUCGAGGCGAUCAGCCGAUUGGAAACCGGUGAGAACUGGCUGGACGCGUCCUUGACUGGACAGGUGUGCGCAUGGACCCGUCCGGUCAAAGUACAGGUCAACUUAGACUACUGGUUUCCGACCAGGACUCUGUCCUUAUGCAUCGAUCUACUGUUCAAGCAAUGCGCCUUUCAAAUCUUGCAAUCCGUCACGGAUCGGCUGUCCUUGGGCGUAAAUCUGGCGUUCAAAAAUGAUACCACUUGCGGUCUCAAUGAAUCUCAGUUAAGACCGAAUCUGGUGGCCAAGUAUGCCGGGCCAAAUUAUCUGGCCAGUGGAAGAGUGAACAUGACAAACUGGGCCUUCAAGCUGGCGUACUAUCAUCAUUGCACCGAUUGGCUACAAACAGGCACUAUGUUCGACCUGAACCCUACCAGCUCAGUGGUCACUUCCCGGUUGGCGUUUCGCAUUCUGUCCGACACGUCCGUGUUUCGGGCAGCCAUCGACACAAACGGCAUUGUCAGUAGCCUGUGGGAAAAGCGGCUAGGCGAUCGGAUGGCCGUGUCACUGAGUAUGUUCCUGAACCAUGCGAUACUGGACAGCUAUGGGGUGGGCAUCGGUCUGUCAUUCGAAUGA